AUGAGCUGCUGGGAUCGUUUGGGCCUUCAACUUUUUAGGAGGGCAUACUUGUCACGAAAGGCAGUUGCUCCUCCUCAAGGCUGUCUUACUGAGAAACAGAUUGAAUAUUUGAUUGGCUUCUUUGACGGAGAUGGGUGUGUGACCAUGAACAAAAGCACUGGGCGGAUGUCCCUGAAAGUUAGCCAAACCUUAGACUCAGCAACAGUGUUGAUGCGCUUGCGUGAUAGUCUUGGUGGUGGCAUUUAUCGCGAAAAGUGCCAAACAGGAGCACACAAAGCAGUGCUGCAGUGGGUAGUUUCCGGCAAAACCAUGCAACACGCAGCGCGUGUGCUGUGCCAAGUUCCUUCCAUAAAGCAUGCGCAGCUCCAGAUAGCAGCCACUGGCAACAUUGCAAUGACAGACAGGAGUGAGGUUGCGCAGAAGUUGACUUUGUUCAAGCAAAAAGGACAUACGCCUACAGACUUCCAGUGCUCAUGGCCGUACUUUGCUGGAUUUUUUGAUGCUGAGGGUUCGAUUACUCUUCCCAAACGUUCUGUCGGGCUUCAGCUAGAAGUGGGUCAACUUAAUGACUUUGUUUUGGAGAAGCUAUUCUGUUUUUUACACCUGCAGAAAUUGAUCAGAUGGAGACUUUAUAGAAGGGACCAUGUUUCCAAGCUUUCCUGCACAGACUUUGCAACUUGUAAGCUGACGCUGAAGCGCCUACUGGAGGCUGGUCUUGACGUCAAACAAAGACAGGCGGCUCUAGCUCUUUCACUCACUGCAGACAAUCACGUGCAAGUUCGUGAGGCAAAAUCUGAGUUGAAUGGCCUCCAAAGCAAGUAUGAGCGCCUUGACGAUGCCGGCAUCGACCGGGCUAAAGAAAUUAAACGGAUCGGUGCACAAUGGCACAGAGCCUCCUCCCAACAAGAACGUGAGUUGCUGCAGGUGAAGCUUGAAGGUCUUCGAGAGGAGCACAAGCUGCAGAAAUUGAUCACCAAGACCGUACGCCUACGCGGCAGCAUUCGUCAAUCACUUCGAGAAGGAGGUCUCAUCAGGCGGAUGUCAUGA